AUGAAGCUCCUGACAACCCUGGCCGUCGCUACUUUUCUUGGCGUUGCCUCCGCGACCGAUGCGUCGGUUGAAACGGAGUCCAAGUCGGCCGUCCGCAAUUUGCGAGUGCAGAUAUCCGAGCAAGUGCCUGCCAUUCCGGCUCCUGCUGGAGGGCCCACCUCGCCUCGCCCUCAAUCGCCGCUCCAACACGCGCGGCACCCGUCGUCGCCCAAGGCCGAGCCGCAGAGGGGGAACGGACACGAGUCCCGCCACGGUGGUGACCGUGGCCAUGACCAUGGCGGUGACCAUGAGACGAACCGACGCAGCCCGACGCCGCGUUCACCGCAACACGGUUCCCCUCAGCGACCUCGUUCGCCGAACCACGGCGACCAUCUCUCCGUUGUGACGCCUGCGGGGCGGGGGCGCCAUGACGGCCGCGACUACGAGAGCGACCGAUGGAGUCCCACCACACCUCCACGUUCGCCUCGCCACUGGGGCCACCCGUCGAGCCCGAUGUUCGCGCCUGCGAGACGCGGUCACCACGAUGUUCAUGACUAUGGAUACCACGAUGGUCGCGACUACGAGGACUACGAAUGGAGGACCACCGCGCCUCCGCGUGCUCCUCGCCACUGGGGCCACCCCGCCAGUCCGACGGCGGCACCGGCGUGGCACGGUCACCACGACGACCGCGACCAUGAAAGCUACGGAUGGGCUACGGUUGAACCGGGCCGUCGGCCUCGCAACUCCGAGCCGCGCUCGCCUCGCCACUCGCGACCGUCUUCGCCUCACUUUUGA